AUGAAAAUAUCUGAAGAUAUUGAAAGUAAAUUCAAACAAUUAGUAGAAACAUAUCAAGAUAUAAUUGAUGAAUAUAACGUUUCAAGUUUAAAUGAUCAUAUAUUAAAUGGAGAAUUGGAUUUGUGGUACACUAAAUAUUCGAAUUUAAUAUCUUCCGAACUCAAGAACAAAAAUAUUUUUGAAGUAUACUUCCAAACUAGUCCUGAUAUUUAUCCAGUAAUACCUAAACUUCUUCAAAUAUUCAUAACACUUCCAGUGUCUACUGCCACAGGAGAACGAUCGUUUCCAACAUUCUGUCGUUUUAAAACAUAUUUGAGAAAUUAUUUGUGA